GCUUCACUGUGGUUGAAGAAGUUUGAACACGCAAUGGAGAGAGAGACAGACGGGUGUCCUCUUUACUCCUGCUAUGAGUUUUGUUUGGAUAUAAAGAAGACUGUGUGUCUGAACACGCUUUGAAACAACAACAAAAAACCUGUGACUGAAAUUUGAACUCCUUCGUGUCGUGCAAUGUGAAGAUGCAAUAUGGACGGACUUCCAUGGAACAGAUAAACAGUGAACGAUAGAGGAAGCAAGAGAAGACUGAAGCAGUUUAACAAAGCACUUAUCGUGGGCAUACACAAGACACAUCAUGUCCUCCUUGAUAAAGCAGGAGAGAACUAUUUGUGUUCUCCUCCCCAACAAAGACCAGCUGGACAUCACUGUCGGGCCAAAGUCCACAGGGCAGGAUGUUUUUAAUCGUGUAGCAGAGCUGCUUGGCAUCAAAGAGCUACACUUCUUUGGCCUCACAGUGGUGAAGGACAAUGAGCACACAUUUUUAGACAUGGAGGAGAAACUCAUUAAGUACUUUCCUAAGGAAUGGAAACAAGAUUCAGGGAAGGGAUUACAGAAGCGAUCAUUGCCUCUAGUGCUCUUCCUCAGAGUGCAGUACUACAUAGAAAAUGGUAGACUCAUUUGUGAACGAAAGGCACGGCAUCUCUACUAUUUGGAUUUGCGUGAGCGGGUGCUCCGCUCUGAAUGUCGUCAGCAGGAGGAGGUGUACUUCCAGCUGGCAGGUUACGCCUUGCAGGCUGACCUCGGUGACCACGUGUUGCCCAGAGAUGGUAUGGAGACCACUCCUUACUUUGAACCCAAGCAGUACUUUCCUCCCUGGAUUUUAGCAAAGCGUGGAGUAAAUUAUCUCCUCUGCCAUGGACCCAAGGUGCAUCAGGAGCUGUGGGGCUUGUCUACACGUGAUGCCAUGCUGCUCUUCAUCAGGGAGUCAUGUCGACUGGAGGAUGUACCCGUCACGUUUUACAGGCUACAAAAGGACAAAAAGGCCGAGAGCGGAACGGCAAUGCUCGGCCUGACCCUGCGAGGAAUGCAAGUUUAUCAGGAGGUGAGCAAUGUGCGACAGCUGCUGUACGACUUCCCCUGGUCAAAUGUGGGACGUCUCACCUUCCUGGGUAAGAAAUUUGAGAUCCAGCCAGAUGGCCUGCCAUCAGCCAGGAAGCUGGUUUACUACACUGGGUCGUCGUUCCGCUCACGCCACCUCCUCCUGCACCUGAGCAGCAGCCACCGCGUGUACCGCAGCCUCCAGCCUGCCCUCAAACACCUACGCCAGCUGGAAGAGAGCGAAGAGAAGAAGCGUUACAGAGAGUCAUACAUCAGUGAUGACCUGGACUUGGACCCUCAAGGCAGUGAGAGCAGCCCCGGUCUGUCCCGACACUCCACCAGCAGCUCCGGAAUCGAAGCAGACGCACGCCAACACAGUAUCUCCACCGAGAUGGCCUCCAUGGAGGAGGAAGGUCAACGGCGAGCAGAGAAGUGUUUCAGCUCAGGAGCCAGCCAUGGCAGCUCCUGUACCUCCGGGUUUGACGCAGGCAGUAAGGCUCGGAUAGAAGAUGAGGGAUGGCGAGAGGAUGAGAUCAAGACCAGGGUUAGGAGUCCAGAGGAGGUUCUUGUGGAUGACUCUGAUAUGUUCCAGCUUGCUGAUCUUCUUGAAGGAGUGUCAGUGGAUUGUUCAGAACUCUCCACGGAGACUCACUCGCCAGAAAACACAGUGUGCCCCCCAGAUACUGAUGAAGAUCUAGGGAAAUCGCGUAACAAGGAUCUGUUAGAACAGAUUCUGAAAUCUAGGGCACAAGUUUGUGUAGACCGGCACAGCCACAGUCUAGAUGACGUACGUCUGUUCCCACCUCCAGCACCCCUGGGGACAACACUGCCACCUGAUUCUUCCCACAGCUACACCUUUGGGCUUCCAGAUGUAUCAACAAACACAAAGACCCCUGUUGAUGACAGUCAUUACCCCCAUUUGCACUGCCAAGCCAAACCUUCCUUCUAUGGCCGCAGGUCUACCAACUGUCUCUCCCUGGAUAUGUUAAGUGAUGAACAGUUUUUGGAGUUCAUACUUUGAGCAUGUCCACAAAAGCGCUGGUUCUCUUCCUUCAUUUACAGUGCAACUUUAAAUUGCAGAGACAUUAUUGAAAAUGAUGGGACCCCUCAUUCCUCUUAGAAAAGCUGUGGAUUAGAUAACAGAUCUAAUUCUGCAACAUCUCAAUUGGUAAACAGAGCAUAUUUAUUAAUGUUGUAUAUUGUGUACAUGCUACUUGCACUAUUUUAUUACAUUUCGACUUCUUUGAUCAAAAACAUUUCUAAUCAUUUUUAUUUUCUUUGUAAAGAUAAAAUUUUCUGAAAUGUCAAUAUGUUUUUGAUAACAUUUCAAAGUAAUGGAUAUUUUGAAAUUUUAAGGCUAUGCGUCAGGUGCGUUGGACAUUCAUUCAAUUUAAGAGGGGACUUACUUUCCUUUCCGUUAGUCUAUUGCUAAUGUAAACACUUACAUUUCCUUGUUUUAUUCAGGAGAAUCUCCAGAAGCCAUGGUACUUAAAUUUGUUCUCCUGUAUUCCUUUGUCUUCUUUUUUUUAAAAUCAUAUUUUAUUAGAUACUCUAUUUUUGUAUAGUGUGCUCUGUCAUGCCUUUCCUAUUAGUCCGCCACAGCAAUGUGGCUGCCGAGGUGGAAAAUUUAACCUCUUUACAGAUGGUAAUGCAUUCAUCCAAAGCUUGCCCAUUCUAUACUCUUCAAGCUGUCGUAAUUGCAACAGAAAAGUAUUAUUUGUAAAGCACCAUUUCUGUAACCAGUGUAUAAUGAAUCUGCAGUAUUUUUGUAUUAUGUAACCCCCAAACAAAGAGCCUUUCUGUUGGUGAUGUCUCUGAUGUCUUUAGCCAAUAUGAACUCACUUGGAGCCAUUAAACACAGAACUUUUACACAAUGAAAAUAAUGUAUGGACAACCCUCUGUGUUCUGAACAAUUCGGGGGGUUUUUUGGUUUGGUUUUUUAUCUAAAGCAAUGUUUUUUUUGUUGUUUUUUUAUCAUAGUGAAAAUAAAUUCUUAAUGCAACUAACUGAAA